UGUUGCUGCACCUUCCCCUGUAGUAGGCAGCAGGGGGGCAGCCCUCCACCCAUCACACCGUUUUUUGGUGCAAACUAGCGAACACCACAUGCAUUAUUCGUGCAAAUGACAUUUUUUUGCAAAGUUAUACCUCUAGAAACCUUUUACUGAAAUAUUGCAUGUACAUUUACUUCGCAGGAGCAAGCAAGAUACCAGAACAGGGCUACGCCAAGGGCAGCAGCAUCUCCUCCAAGUGCAACUACCCUACCUCAUUCUACACCACCAUGCCUGGCCAGUUCAGAACCCCCAGUGACCCUCCUGUGUCCGGCCUCCUCUCUUUCCCCUCCUCCUGGAGCUCUGGCCCCCUGCAGCCCCUACGUUUCAGAGCCCGAACUCAAUCCAUGGACUGGCGGCGCCUCUCUGCCCUGGAUGUGGAUCACGUGGCCAGGGAGAUGGACGUGGUCGUACUGCAGGAGUACAUAUCUGCUGUCACCUUCUGUGAUGUCACAGGCGAGAGGUGUCCCUACUGCCGUAGCCCUGCUGACCCGGCCCUUGUCAACCUACUACGUAUGUCCCAGCUCAGCACAGAGUACCUGCUGCACUGUCAGGACUACCUGAGCUCCCAGGUGUCUGGGCUAGAGGACCGUCUACAGGGGGUCCUCUCUAAGGCAGACCGAGAGGGAGAGGAGAGGGCCAGGCUGGACUCUGAGCUACAGGCCACUAAACAGGAGAGCAAACUCAGGAAGAAGAUGCUAGCCACACAGCAGCUUCUACUACAGGCUAGCUUCAACAACUACCACAAGUGCCAAUGCUGUGAGAAGUCCUUCACCAACUAUUCGUACUUACAAGCCCACCUACAGCGCAGGCAUCCGGAGCUGACAGACACAGAGAGGCAGAAGAAGAGGCAGGUGGAACAGAUGGAGGAUGGGAUAGAGGAGCUGAGAGAGAGGCUGAAACUGUCCCAGACUAGACUGGACGUAGAGAGGGAAGCAGAGGCCCUUAGGAAACAGCAGGAGCUGGAAGAUCAGCGAAGGAAAGAGACCUCGGCGAGAGAGAAGAUGGAGAGCUGGAAAGAGGAGGAGAGGAAGAAGUUUCAUGAGGAAAUGAGGGACCUGAAGCAGCUGUUCCGGCAGGAGUUCAGAGAUAUGGCCAGCAGGAGCUCCUCCAUCGAGGCUAAACUGCAGGAGCUCCAGACCAGAGAAGAAGUGACUGUUUCUAACCUGGGCUCCUAUCAAGAGGAGGAGGAGCUGCAGCAGAGAGAAGAGGCAGAGAAGAGGAUGAUGAUGAUGAAGAAGAAGAUGUCUGAGCAGAAGCGUGAGUGGAACAAACGGUUUAAAGAGAUCCAGAACAGGCACGUGUUGGAGAGAGACGAGCUUCAGAGUGAGAAUGAUAGGUUGCAGCUGGCCCUGUCUGUAGAACACAGGUCGGACCGACACAGGCUAGAACAACAGGUCGCUACCCUGUCUGCCAGGGUCCAACAGAAAGACCGGCUCAUCAGGUCUCAGGAGGAUAAGAUCAACAAGAUGCCUAGAAGACCAGUGACAGAUACUCCCAUCAAACAAACGUUCCAACACUCCAUGGAGGAGGAGGAAGAAGAAGAGGAGGAGGAGGAGGAAGAAGAAGAGGAAGAAAAUCUGGAGGACUCUGGUGAGACCAGGAGUAGACUGUUGGAGUCCCUCCGGAGGAACCCCGCCUUGGUGAAGGAGUUCAGACCCAUACUAGAGGAAACCCUGGAGGAGAGGCUGGAGAAGAUGGGUCUCAGAAAGGGAACCAAGGGUAUAUCCAAGAAGACCUUUAAGAGCCUGAGCAUGUUGGUAUCUGGUCAGCGACAUCAGAUGUCCAGACAGAAAGCAGACCUCCUGGAGCUCAGGGAGAGCCUGGCCAGAGAGCUGACGCGCAGAGUGCACGCCCUGCAGAGGAGCCAGGGGAUCACCGUACCUAAUUUACCCAGACAGGUUACCAUACCCAGUACCACCCCUCAGUCCCACAAGAAGAGAAGUCCUAGCCGGGAGAAGAGUCCAAAAAGCAGACAGACACCAGUGAAGGUGAAGGCCUCCUUGAGGAAAAAGAAGGCUCCACAAUCUCAACAGACACCAAGCACUCAUAGAAAAAAGAACAGUUCUGAGGAUGAGACGUCAGGAGAAGACAUUCCUUCUGUCACCAGCCCUGGCAGUAGGUCUGGUGUCUCUGUCUCCAGCCCUGGCAGUAGGUCUGGCCCCUCUGUGAGGGUGGUGCGGUCUGGAUCCUGCUCAAGGCAGAAGUACCCCAUGUCUGGUUCUACCCAGGGAGAGGACUGGUCUGGGACAGACACAGAGCUCUCAGAAGGGCCUACAAGUCUAACAACCCACCGUGGAGCACAAAAUCAGACUGUUAAAACCCUGACCAGAAGCUUGGAGAGACAGUUGAGUUCUCCAAUGAACAAGCCAGUCGGAGGAACCAGAGUGGUGAUGCCACCAGUAGCAGCCAAGGUCUUACCCAAACCCAAACCCAGGACAGCGUUAAAACCCCUACAGUUAUCGGACGAAGAAAGCGACCUAGAACUGUCUUCCAUCGAGGAGCUCCUGUCCUUGCCGGUAGGGGGCCAGUCUCAGUCCCUAGGGGGGCGAGGGAGCACCGAGGUGGGCCUGGGAGGAACCUCAGGAACCAGCGUGUGGAGCUCCUCAACCAGCAGAGCAGGAGGGCUUUAAUGCACUUUUCCUGUUUUUGCUAUGUAUCCUUUAUUUAUCCAGAUGAGUGCCUUUUUCAAUGUGCGUAUGUGAUAUAUGAUUUACUCUCUUCCAAGUGUUAAAACAAUUAGCAGAAGAUGCAUUCCAACGUGAAGAGGAGCUGGCGUGUAAAUACCAGUUAUAAAACAAUAACAGAAUAAAAUAACCUUUCGGUUUUAUUCCAUUUUCCAGAAUCAAGCUAUACUCAGCAAAAAUAUAAACGCAACAUGUUAAAGGGUUGGUCCAAUGUUUCAUGAGCUGAAAUAAAAGAUUACAGAAAUGUUCCAUAUGCGCAAUAAAAAGCAUAUUUCUCCCCCCAAAAAAUGUAUUGGAAAAAGUUGGAAAAAGGUGCAUGUUGCGUUAAUAUUUUUGUUCCGUGUGUAUAUAUAUAUAGCGACUUUCUUGGUCGGACUCAAACUAUGUUGGGACUUUGAAUGUGGUAAUGACUUGCUUUUUUUUAUAAUCAGGAGAUAUAGUGCCUUCAGAAAGUUAUGGCCUAAAUAAGUUCAGGAGUAAAGAUGUGCUUAACAAGUCACAGAAUACGUUGCAUGAACAAUGUGUGCAAUAAUAGUGUUUAACACGAUGCGGGUUUUGGAAUAUUUGUAUUCUGUACAGGCUUCCUUCUUUUCUAUGUAAUUGUUUUAAAGUCAUCGUUGACCUCGUGGUGAAAUCCUGGAGCAGUUUCCUUCCUCUCCGCCAACUGAGUUAGGAAUGACGCCUGUAUCUUUGUGGUGACUGAGUGUAUUGAUACACCAUCCAGAGUAUAAUUCACAACUUCACCAUGCUCAAAAGGAUAUUCAA